CGAUACCCCGGAAAUACACCUCAACCUGCGGGUGGUGAUUAGCUUACUUCGCUCAUUUUUAUCUGCCGAACACGCCGAUAAUCGACGUUUUUUUUGUUUGUUUAAAAGUUAAUCAGUUUGUUUACUCGUUCGUCGGUUGAGCGAGUAAACAUGUCGGAAGUCGAAGAUGACCUGCGUGAAGAAAGCACGAAGAGGACGAAUAGGGAAAAACGAAGCAUGAGGAAGAGCAGGGAGAAGAGGGAACAGGAGAGACAGCAGCAGCAGGUGGAGGAGGAGGAGGAAGAUGAGCAGAGGUGAGUGUUUGUACUCUGGUUCCAUCAGUGUCUGAGGUCCUCUAUACACUUACAGAGCUCUGUCUGUAAAUGAGAGAUAUUGAACUGACGCAGACCUCAGACCUAACUAAUUUACUGAAGUGAAAGUAUAAACAGCAAAAUCCUUCAAAAUAAAAGUCCAGAGACCAAACUCUAAGAAAAAAUGGAAUAACUGAAUAUUUCUUUGUACAAAAUAUAGGCUACAUUACAGCAUGAAACCACAGUCAAGAAUGUAAAAGUAGUAGUAGUAGUAGUGGAAGUAGUAGUAGUAGUAGUAGUAGUAGUAGUAUAUCCGAUCAUGGAGAGCAUGUCAUUGUAUACACUCAAUGAUCAGAUGUACUCUCUCCUUUUUCCUUACAGCCCUCAUAUUAUGUUUGUGGAUUUCUGCUUAAUAACAUACAAAGUAGGCUAUUGUGUUUUUAUUCCAACCACAGUGACUUAUGCACAGUGGAUGAUUCUGUAAACAGGGCCUGACCACAACAUCUAAAAUCAUUUAAAAAAUUACUUCAUAUACUUUUAAAAAAUGUUCUCAGGGCCACUUUCUGUAGUGCACAUUAUUUUUGUUCCAGGGCUGGAUCGACACUUACUAUAAAAGGAAAAGUCACAGUAUUCUCCUGUGUGUGAUUCUGAGUUACUCAUUGUUUGUAAACACACCUUCUAUUCAACAAGUCCUGCAAGGACCCUUUUUUGUGUGGAUAGAGUAACUCCCAUUUAUCUGUCAUCUCCACCAACAUGAUUUGUGCUGCUGUAGUGGCCAACCACUGCAGUAAACAACCCCGCCACAACUUAAAACUUUGUAAAACUUAAUAGUUCUUUGAAAAACACAAAAGUGUAAAAAACACUUUAUCCUACAUUUGACUGUGUAACUGGAAGAUAAAAUGAAAGGGAAUGGGGCAUCACAUCUUAAAGAGCUUUGGCUUAAUAUUGGUGAUGAUACUCACUAAAUAUUUUUCUUGUAGAAAAGUAUCUUGACACUGUCAUAGAAAAUUGAAGAGUAUGAGCUCAUUUGCCUCUAACAAAAUAGUCAGUCUUUUCAAGGCUCAAUAUAACGUCCUUUAUUAUGGCGAGACUUCGGUGUGUAUUUUCGUAUGAUUUAAAAGGAUGUCCCUCACUUUUUAGCCUGACAGUCAUCAGUUUGUUGGUGCUCAUGCACUCUCAGGCAUGCUUUUGCACACUCGUCAUAUCUGCCCCUCAGCUUUUCAGAUGAAAAACACUCACCACCCUCCUCUUGCAGAUAUUGAUCUGGGGUGCUUAUAAUGAAGUUUGUGUAUAUGGGGGGUGCCCAUGCUCUACUGAUAAGGAGGGGAGGAAGGGGCUGCUUCAUUCAACAUGUAGGACAUUAUGGGGGCAACACAGCAGACAGCACAAUAUUGAUCAGACAUGAUCGUCAUAUCUUUAUAAUGAAGUUAAAAUCUGUGACAUCCCGAUCUGUGUCAAGUACCCACAUAUUAAUAAUGAAAUUCAAAUGCAAGCUUGCUGAAUGUAGGUCCUGACUUUGGUUUGUUGUCUACAGUCGUUCUACUGGAUCAGAAUUGUUACAGAUCAUUUAAAAAAUUGUCUUUUAACUGUCUGUCUUUGUGUUUUUCAGUGAGUGUGUUGUGCUGCGUGGGAUCUUCCAACUUGGUAAGAAGAGUCACGACGUCCUGCUCACCCAAACCAGAAUGACCUGGACCCCCAUCACCCCAGAGACCCCCACAGGUCGGUCACUGCAGUGAACGAUCAGUGUUGUUGUGGCCGCACACUGUCUUAUUGCUAGCAGAGAGACAGGCAGGCAGGCUGUUAGGACAGCUGGUGCUGUAAUGGAGAAGUUUUGUCAUGUUGAGACCACCUGAAAUAUGACAUCUGGACAACACACACAGACACACGCACAAACACACAUUAUAAUCCUAGGAAUGAGGUUGUUUAUCAGUGCUAGUGUUUUGUUUUUUUUUGUUCUGGAUGCUGAUAGCAUGUAGUUCAGAGCAUCCUUGUGCUUGAAAACUGCCUCCACUCACUGCUGGCAUGAAUCACUUUAAAAGCUUGAUCUUUUGCACUCGGAAAAGUAAAACACACAGUUUGAAAGCAUUUAGUGUGGUCUAUUGUCUUUUUAAUUGCUGUCUACCAAUGCUUUUUGGAGGAAACUAAAGUUUGGCUGUUUGUUUCUGGAGGUUUUUUCUGUGUUGUUACUGACAUGGUGUUCCUAAGAAUAGCUUCUCUGCUUCUAGCACCAGGGGAACCUAUUGUUGCCAGAUCAGAGUUGGCUGUAGGUUUGUUAAGUGGUGCAGUGUGCACUAAUGCUGGAGUUUGUCGCUCCACUUCGAUAAAAACAAUACUCAGCUGGUAAAUAAAGUACAGCUUAUACUGCUUUAUAAAAGAAUUCCUAAUGCAGAUCUGUCCUGGUUCAGGUCUGAUGGUGGGGGUUGGAAACAUGAUAUCAUCAUUUGCAAUGAACUGGGUUGAAUGAAAUCAUAGAGAAUUUUAUAGUAUCAGCAAAAAAUAUUUUUGCUGUGUUUACACCAAACUUGAUUUGAGAUUUAGUCAAUUUUCUUCUUAAUGAAAAACAACAAAUGACGAAGAAAUGAUUCAAAACAAAUCUUUAACCCCUGGUACGCUGUUUGAAGGCCAACACUCUGCAGAGUCCUGUUGUUGUUGAUAAGUGGUACCAUCUAACUUUUGUAAGGCUGUAGGAUUGAGUGGACCUUGUCCAUCAUAGUGGACUAAAAUGACAUCCUCUCCAACUCUUUAAAGAUCGUUUUACGUGUAAGACAACUUCAACAAAAUACUUGGGGUUCACAGUUUGAAGGACUUUAAAGAACCCAGGUUUAUACAUUUUAUAUCAUUGGCCAUGCUGUUGGCCAUGUUAAGACAAAUUGGUUGUGCUGCUCCCUUUAGCUGAAACAGUCUCGAGCACACUUUUCAGGCUAAAUAUAACUUAUUUCAAAUGAGAGACAAUAUGUGGCAUAGUAUGUUUUUUUAUGGGUGACAGGAAAGAUGUGUUCCCAUUGAGAAAAGAUAAUGGCGAUAAAGGCCUUGUGAGAGCCAGUGCCCAUAUGAUGCCAAUGAUGUCAAAAUGCUAAUAAUUGGUCCAGUGAAUCAGCAGACUAAUUCAUCAGUCUAACCUCAUAUACUGAACCUCAUGCUUGAGAACAGCUAAAGAUUUAAGACGACAAAUAAUUUUUGGGGCUUUCUGUAGACCGAGACUUUCUUCUUCACGUGCUGCCUGUUCACUGUCUGAUUAGCUACUUGGGAAGCAAAAAUGGAGUUUGGGUAAAGAGUUUUAGUCGCAUUUUUAGGCAGAUAUCUGUUUAAAGACAUUACUUAAGGCUAAAUUGUUGUUAGAUGACUGCUAAUGGGUUUUUGGAAUUUCUCUAGUUUUAUUAAAAGUCUAGUGGACAACACUACAUAUAGUACAAAAGCAAACCAGAACACUUGUGAUACCAAGAUUUGUCAAUGAUAGGGUGACCAUUUUUUGAUUACUGAAGACCAGUACUCUAGAUAGAGAGAUAUGAGAUACUCUAUAUCUUUAGUUUUCUUCUUCAUACUAGUGGCCCAAUGAAAAACUAUGAAAACUAGGGCAUUUUCAGGACUCUAUAAAAACAACCAGGACAGGAUGUAAAAACAGGACAUUUCCUGGGAAAACAGGACAUUUGGUCACCCUAUUCAACAACAUUCAUAAUUCUUACGUACGUAAAGUUUGUACAAAGUUAAAGAGAUAGGGAAUAAUUCACUGAACUUAAAUGUGUGUACACUGUGUACAUCUUCUGGACUAAGACGAUUGUGAAUCAAUAAAAAAAAUCACAUCAACAAAAAAAAAAUAUUUGAAUGUGAGUCUUUUUUCUUCACAGUUCUUGUACAAUCAUCUUCCUCAGUCUAUAUUUUUAAAUUCUGUAAAACUGGAGCAGCGUUAAACUGAGGCUGAGGGACAGAUUACCACACACUGUGGUUUAUCGUCAUGGUGAUAUUUUGGUAUCACUUUGCUAAUUUGACGGUAUUACUUUGAUGAUUUGCUAUGAGUGUGUUUUUGGUUGAAAUCUAUUCAAGCAGAACUGGUUAGUGAAGCAGGAUGAAGGUGUAAACAGUGUGUGUGUGUGUGUGUGUGUGUGUGUGUGUGUGUGUGUGUGUGUGUGUGUGUGUGUGUGUGUAUGGUUGAAGCCAAUCUGUUUUGCUGAAUUUCAUCCAAGCUAAUGUCAUUAAGCCAGCAUUGUGUGUGUGUGUGUGUGUGUGUGUGUGUGUGUGUGUGUGUGUGUGUGUGUGUGUGUGCGUGUGUGUGUGUGUGUGUGUGUGUGUGUGUGUUGGCAGUAGUAUAGAGCAGUUGGUUUGGCCCGUGGGGGGUUAUUAGAGUCUCUCAGUGUGAGAAGAUUAACACACACUCACACACAGUCAGUCUGUCUGCAUGCUGUGUGUGUGUGUGUUGAUGAGAUAUUUCUAUAUAAAUGGAUCAGCUGUUUUUGUUUAUUUGUACACAUGAAUGUAUUCUGUAUCAUCCAACAGCCUGUUAAUCUGUCUGUCAGGGAGGGGAGACCUCAGCUGUUUGUAUCAAUACAGACACACAAACGACACGUGUUGUACCUGCCGCCAUUUAGAAACAUCCAAAUGACACCUACUGUAAUUUUCAGUCACACUGCAAGAAAUUAAGGACAGUUUUUGAAUCAAAUGUAAAUGAACUGCAGGUGUAAAAGCCAAAACACUCUGUAGUCACACUAUUUGGAGUCAUGUGAUAUUCUCAUGCACCUAGAUAAAUAGAAAAAAAAAUGUCUCUAAAUCUCUUUCUCUUAAUGGAGCAUUUACUGGACAUCUGUGAUAGAGAUGGACUGAUAAAUCAGUCAUUAAUCAGGCUGGUUAAUCAUAUCGGCCGUAUCACAAGGCUGAUAUCAACACUCUCAUUUGUUAGUAUUACUGAAUUGUUGUGUUUUGUCAAAUUCAGCCAAACUGCUCUCUUAUAAUCGGUAUGAGCAUCUACUGAUGAAAACUGUAUUUGGUCGAUAAUAAUCUGUGAUGAAAGCUAAUGCUGCGUUCAAGUUACCUCGGAAGUCAGAUGUCCGAGCUGGGAAUGACGUCACACUCAAGUUACCAGCGCCAAGUCGGAAAAAUGCAAAAUUGGAGGCAGAAACAAGAUGGCUACAAAAAUUAUUUUAGCGCUUGCCUUGUCCUUGCUUAUAUUCGGACAAGGCAAGUGUUAAAAUAAUUUUUGUAAGUGUAGCCAUCUUGUUUCUGCCUCCGGUUUUGCUUUCCUCUGACCUGGUGACUGAAACACUGGUAACUCGGGUGUGACAUCAUUCCCAGCUCGGAUUUCUGACUUCUGACGUAACUCAAACGCAGCAUAAGUCACAGCUCUGGUGCGUGUUUACAUUCUACAGUCAUGUGACAUGUAGAUGCAUACUGUCUAGACCAGUGGCGGCUGCUGGUCUUUCAAGGAGGGGAAGCUCAUUUUUCUGGCCUACAUCAUAAUUGUAUUUGUUUAUUAGUAUGUAACAGAACAGAGUCGCCAAACACAACGGCAGUCGUUUUUAACAAAGACAAAAGUCGCUGAGGAUCGGUAAAGUCUCUGGAGCAGUUAAGAACAACGGAGUGAAUGACUUGGAAAAUGCUCUGGUAGAUGUUUUAUUCUUCAAGAUCGCUGAUUCGCUUGUUUAGCUGUCAAUCAAAAAAGGAUUUCGCCUCAGACAGCUCAUCCAAUCAUGAAUGCAGAAGCUUGGAGUCCGGGAGAAAGUCGGGACCGCCCUCUCGCCAUAGAACUCCAGUGAAGCUUAGCUUCCAUUGGGCGGGACAAAGCCCAGCAUUUAUCCAAUGAGCGUCUAGUUUCGCUGCUGGAACAACCCACUUUAAGCUUCCACAUUGAAGUCAGCAGAAGCCCAGCGUCCGGCUGUUUGAAGCGCUGAGGCGCUGCGAGGAUGAAUGAGAACGAAGUUAUGCCGGUUACCUGUGAUUAUCAGCUUCUUAUCACAGUGUCUGAACAAAAGUUGAAGGCUUUCUAGUGCGUAUUUAGUUAAUGAAAUGUACACACAGCCGUACGUAUUUCACCACUUUUUCUUUUUUUGGGGGGGUGACAUUUUAAGGGAAGCCGAGCUUCCCUUGCAGUCUUAGAGCAAUCGCCACUGGUCUAGACAUAGUGUGGUCAAGCCUUGUGGUCAUAGGAGGAACCAUCAACAAUGAAACUCCAGUCACCACUAAGAGCUUCAUUUCAGUGAUAGACACAGUUCAGUCCUGACAAACUGUUAUCCCGUGUUAGCUUUUAAAAUAUCUUUUAAUGUUAUGUCCUACAUGUCAAUGACUUAAAACAAGCCAACAGUAAAAUGAAGUAGCUGUCUAAAAAAUAUAAACAGGAAAGAGCAGAGAAACAAAAAUCCAGUUCAGUGAUACAACUGAAAGAGCUUAAAAAAAAGGUACCACAAUGUCAGUACCAGGUCAAGUUACCCACCACUAUCAUCUGUCAUGUGUCUUUGGGGGUAACUGAGAAAUCCUACAGACAGUAAAGUAUCCACAUAGGUUUUAGUAUGGAAAAAUGUGAAAGAACGAAAGCUGAUAAAUCAAUUUAUCAUCAACUUACAGAAUCAGAGCAGCAGAGGUGUUUACAUGAUCGGUGUUGUGAUGCAGCACUGCAGCCUUUUGUAUGUGUGUUUAUGUGUGUUUGUGUGGGUGAGGGGGCUGCUUUGAGCUGUGUAUGUGUGCAAACUAUGAUCCAUAACUCCCCACAGUGAGCCACAUGGCCUGGUCACCAUGAGACCGGACUGCCACUGUGUGUGUUGGUGUGUGCAUGUUUAUGUGUGUAUGUGUGUGUUGUGGGUUUGUCUGUUUAUGUUUAAUCAUUUAUUUGUUGGGAUUUUAGGUGUUCUCUGUGUUGUGCUUAAACAGAAAAAUGAGGUUUUCAGGAAGGAAACAGCGUGUCCAACAAUACCUUUGAGAGUGUUAAUAAACCAGUGUAAUGCGAGAAUAUUAAUCCAUGUGUGUAGGGGUGUGUGUAUGUGUCAUUUAUGUGUAUAUGUGUGUUAGCACAGCAGUAGGUCGCUGAGGGCAUGAUGGGAAACUCAUCUCCAUCUGGAACCAAACAACAUGCUACCUGUGAUGGGCAGCACAGUGCAUUUGUGUGUGUAUUCAGCUGCUCCGUAGGUUCUGUCAGCUCAUAUCAAAGUCAUCUUUAUUGGGCUGAAUGUAAAAUCUGUCUCUCUCUCUCUCCUCGCUUAAUUUUCAUUUACACAGAGAGUAAUACUGGAUACAAAAGUGAUCAGGGUGUAUUUGUGUUUUUGUAUCAGUGUUUAUUCUCUUAGUUUGCUGCGCUUAAAUAUUGAUUUUAUUAUCAAAAAGAAGAGUUCUUAUUUUCCUUUUUUUCUAUUCAGCAUCUUAAAUUAAUCUCUGUGGUUUGAAUAAAAGUUUCCCAUAGUGCAAAGGUGAAUCAUAUUAAAUCAUAUUAGUGUUUAUUACAUUUACGAGUACAAAAAACUCUAAAAUAAUACCAAAAAUCAAAUAAUGGAAGUGUGUUCAUACUUUAAUGUAUCAAAUGCAAUCCCUGUGAAAGCAGAGAAUAAAUGCAACCUGACUUAAAAACAGCCUGUCAUAGUCCUUAUAAAAGGGCUGUGGUAUGAAAAUGAUUGCAGCUUGUGAGGGAAGUGUUAGAAUUUUUUUUUUCUAUUUAAAAACUGAAAUUCAAGGGGAAGUGAUUAUAUUAAACCAUGUCCUUUCAUUUUCUUUCAUUAAGAAUGAUAAAUAAUAAUCAAUAGAAACUAAAAUAAGAGUCUCUACAAUCAUAUAUAUAUAUAUAUUUAGCUUUAUAGCCCAGCCCUGUUAUUCUAUCCAGGCUUUCAAUGCAAUACCCUGUGUCAUUUUGCAAUCAUUAAAAACCUGGCAAAGUCAUGCAAUUUGAAAGUUGCAUUGACCAGGCCUGGGAAAGUUAUAGAAAAUAUGUAUCUUUUAAAUUAUCUAACAACACCACUAAAGAUGUAAAAUAUCUGAAUUUUGUCAAUAAAGAAUAUACCAAUAGUAUAUAGACACACCCUUUUUCAUUAUAAAGAACACCUCAUCAUCUCCCUUAUGCCCCACUUUAUCUGUUACUCCCAGUGCGACGGUCUGAUUUUCUGAUUUUGAUAACUAAUAUUUUAAGCAGUUGACUGCCCGUACCAGUACUAUAUGAAGAUAGUAUGACUAUCAUCAGAUACAGUUUGGCACACAUUUUAAUAAAAAAAUACUUUGGUAUAUUCUGACAUAUUUUUGAUGUGAAGAUACAUAUUUCAGAGAUUGUGUUGUCUUGAAAAUUUAUGUAAAUCCUGUAAAUUUAUCAGCAAUAUUUGGUAUGCAUCCUAAAUUUGAAUGGCAAUUGGAUGAGAAUCUAUCUAAUAUUACUUCAUUUAGAGAACUUGUUGAGUCUCAUUGCAGACAUAGCAGAAAUAGCUUUAAAUAUUUCCCUAUAUUAAAUAAACUUAAUGAGCAGAGUGUGAAGCAGCAACAGACAGACCAGCGUGACACACACUGUGACCCUGACAUAUGGACUGUGCCUCUGCGGGUGGAAGAGGGUCGGUGGUUUUAGGUUUUUGGGGUUUGAUAACAGCAGGAGGGUAAUACAUAGAGCAGUGGGAGGGCUGAUAUGCUUUCAUGAUAAAUAACUAUUUCAUGAUUAAUCUCUCCCCUGUGAACUGAUGGCUGAUUGUUGUUGAUACUGCUACUGAUCUUUAAAGGGAUGCAACAUUUAUUUUUAUUUUUUUUACAGACAGAUAAAAAAAGAAAAAAAAACAUUUUGAAGCCUCUGGUGUCACAAAUAAUUUCAGCUUAGUAAAAUAUAGUGUACAUAUUCUUAAAAAAUCAAUUAACACUCAGUUAUUGUAACAAAUUAAAGCCUUCAUUUACAUUCUACAUCCAUUUUCAUCAACUUUGUCAAAAGGAGUUUAGGUAUUUCUAAAAAAGGUUUCGAUUUUCGAUAUUUUUGUUCUCAAGGUCAAAAUCUGAAGGGAUAAAUCAUAUCAGGUCAAUAUCUGUUUGGAUUUAAAUAAUUUAAAUGAUUAAAGUGGAUUGAUUUAUCUCAUUUAUCUAAUUUAGGAUGUUGUUUUUUUCCUGUACAGAUGUUUGUCCACCUGCUGCAACAUGUCUCUCCAAAAGCUUGAUUCACAUUCAAAAUAAAAGCUGUUUUUAAUAUGAGACUCAUAAACAAACAAAUAUUAAUCAUAAUUUUCAUAACCAAGUGUCCUGAGUAAAUCAUUUUCUGUGUUUAAUGUUAAAUUGUUAUCACGUCAUACAGUUAAAAAAUGGCAUCCAAAUCCAAGCUGGAGUUUAAAUGUGUUUUGUUUUGUUUUUGUCUUUUUGGACAUGUCACACUGCUGUUUGGAUGAUUUGAAGAAGUGUGUUCACACCAGACCUAAUUAAAUCAGAUACCUUUUUAACACCCAAACCAUUUUUUUCAAUCAGGAUGAAUAUUAUUCAUGUAAACACAGCUAUUGUUUUGAUUAAUUAUAAGUUCUUGGACUUUUUUUUUUAUUCCCAAAACAACCAAACUGUCCUAACCCGAGCAAAAACUUGCACACAUUAAGUUGGGUUGGUUUUUCGCCAAAUGCUUUCCUCCUAUUUUCAUCAAUACUUUUUUUUAAGCUGGUCCAUGUGGAAGAUUUGUGAGAUGUAUAGCUACAGUUGACCACCUAGACAAAACUUGUAUUAGCUCGCUUAAUCAAGGAUAUAAUCUGUGUUUGUGUUUGUGAGUUAUGUAACUGUGAGCGUAUACUGUCUGAGCUCUGCUGACAUUAUUCUCAGAGGAUUACCGAUUAAUCUCAAACUCUCCAAUCAGUUUGCAGAACUCCUCGUUGAUAAUGCGACUGAUUGACAGGUGUUACUGUUUAUUCUGCUGAUCAAUGGAUUAGUGAUAAAUACUUAAGUGUAAGGACAUGAUGUAAUGUGCACACAUGUGUCAGUGGCACCACUUCAAACUGACUGUACAUGAAUGGGAAUGAUUCCUCUUUUAAGAGAGGAUCAGUUACCACAUUUUAAAUUAUAUUACAUAGUAAACCGACUUCUAACAUUAAUAAACAAUGCAGGAAAGUAUUUUCUAAACUAAUGGCUGCAGAGAGCUCCUACACUAACCCCCCGAUAUUCACAGACUUGAAUUUUAAUGUGGUAAAGAAGUAAUGAAUAAGUCAGUUAUCGUGAAUUCCCUCAAAGCUGUACACAUUUCUUCCCAAAAUUAGAAAUUGUGUGUUCACUCUCCCUAUCUCUGUGCAGGUGAGCCGUGCAUUCAGCAGCCAGGUGUGGUUCUGCUGCAGGACGUGUUUGCGGUCAAAGUGAAGCGGCGGCGAGCGGCGGGGAAGCAGUCGGGAGGGCCUGUUCUCGGCGUGGCUCUCUUCUGCGCCCAGAGGAAAGGGAGGAGGCUGGAGGAGGAGACGCUGCACUUCCACAACGCCUCUUCAGAACACACACACACCUGGUACAACAAAAUAAAGGAGCUGCUAACAGGUAAUAAACACAUUCAGACUCCCACGCAGAACAACAAAGAUCCAGGGUUAGGGUUAGGGAUCCAGGGUGUUUGGCUGUGAUAAAAACAUGAGUGUCACUUUGUUCUCGAUCAAGGUGGUGUGCAGAUUUGAACAUUUAGUAUUGAAGCUCCCCAUAGGACUAAACAUGUGUGAUUGGUUUCCACAGACUAAAGUGUACAUUUGAUAUUACAAUAUGUUAACCCUUUGUAAUUCGUCUUCUAUGUAUCCGUUUGUUAAUCUGUCCAAUGAGGUGAGUCACAGUUACAUCAGACAAAAGAGGUAAUCUGUUUAUCCACCGGAACAAAGUGAUACAGAUUACACACCCAAGCAUACACAAAUACACACACACAUUGGGAAGUCCUCGGUAACAUCCUGUCAGCAGUGGAAUCAUGUUGUCUGCAAGAGAGAUUAGCUGAGAUGCUGUCUACACAUGCACGUGUGUCCAGUUCAUUUUAGUUCAGGAUGAAAUCCACUCUGCAGAGACUUGAAGCUUUGGAUAACAAACAAGAUAAGACUGAAAGAAUGUGUACAUACAGGCAUCUGAAAUACCUUUCUCAAUCAAGCGUCUUUACCCACUUUUCUGGUUUCACAUCUAAGAGGGACUGGUACAAAUUCAGCCACAAUAGAUUUAUGGGGUCCAACACAUACAGAGUAUUUCUGUUAAUUCACAGAGGGACUUGACUUGAGCUGGAUUGAAGCUCUAAAUCAGGCCUGUUAUGAUUCCAGACUUUUAGCCUUUGAUACAAAAUCAGCUGAUAUUAACACUUGAUACCACUGCAACAAAAAAUGAACUCCUGACACCUAAAAUGGUAAAUUGUGUUAUUUGUAAUUUCACAGACCAACUUUUUACAUAGUGUUACUAGCAAUGAAGGGCAAAAUAAAGAAGAUUAUACUCAAAUUUUCUGCCACUGUGAUGGAAUAUUUCUUCACAAUUACCAUCCACAAUCCUCAGUGGGUGUGUAGUUACCUGUUAAAAAUGUGCUCCCCUACUUUUCCCCACUAAUUUGGUCAGUUUAAGUGUCUAGUGCUGUGGCUGGGACCCUUUAUGUACUGUUGAUGAAGUUAGGUGCUGUUCUGAGCAUUAUUUGUGGCUAUAGAGUGGCUUUUUGGUUGAGGUUUGUUGAUGGCUCCUCAGACAGCUGUGUAUUGCUAUUGUGUAGUCGUUACUAAAGUUAAUAUAACUAGAGAAGCAAGCGGUCAGCAACAUUCAUCUCUUGAGGGGGUGUCUAACUGUGUGUUACGGCGUGUUUGACCCUAAAUUGAUUUUACGCCAGAAUAUCCCUUUAAGUGGAUUUUAUAUUUUUUUUAUAAAACUUCUUCACCAGCGAACCCCCUCCUGACAGGAUUGUUCAAUAAAGUUCUGGAUGUUGUCGCAGUCCGACUUUCCCAGACGCUGAUUUUUCCCAGGUGCACCAUGGUGGGCGGGGCCUGGCUGACACUUAACGCACAAUAGAAAUGUUCUAGUGAGCGCUUGGUGUAUGGAUUUACUCACUCAAACUCACACGACGAUGUCCGCUCACUCGGAGAUGUAACAAGUAACACAUAAAUGAGGAGGUCAAAGGUCACACACAUACACUCACAUUGUUCUGUCACCAUGGCAUUGGUCUGACACAUUAUCGCUGGUCACCUGUCUGUCCGUCUGUCUAUUCGUCCAUCAAACCAGAUUACCCAUGAGGCCCUGCAGCCAAGUCACAACUUCUUUAAGUGGUUGCUUCUGGCCUCACACACACACACACACACACACUGCCGACACACACAUGAAUAGCUCAAAAGUCGUGUGUCAGCUCGCGUGGUCACAGUGCACUUCAAACUGUGACGGCUUUUGUGACUUUACACACCGCAACGGAGGAGUCUGUGGGUGUGUGUGAGCGUGGGUGUGUGUGUGUGCUGAAGGUAAACACAGUCAGUGGCUCCGCUGCCUCGCGGACAUUAAGCCUAUUUUCCAGCCAGAGGUCAGCGUGAAAAGCACAUUGUUGUGUGAAUCGCGGCGUUGUAGAGCAGGCAGUGUCUGCAGACACCACCGCCACUUCUUAACCUGCGGGUCUGAACAAUCGGCCGCACAAUGGUGACACUUUAUGUUUUUAGAGCGUUAUUUUGUGCCGCUCGCUGUGUGAAGCAGCUGCAGAACGCCGUGCAGAGAUUGAAUGGUGUUCAGUGACAAAAGGCGAGGGGUGACGGUGUAUAGAGUCUGCUCCCGUAUGUGCAGUCAGACGGUGGGAUGGAUUGACCGCAGUUGUUUAACAGCACAACAGACUGACAAGCUGACGGUUGUGGAGCCCAUGGGACAGCCUCACUAAACUCUCUGGGUCCUUACAAAGUGAAAUCAGUUGGAGACAGUGACAGUGGUCAGUUGGCUGGUACUAUUUUUAUUAAAUCUUGGGGGAUUCACUUACUAGGUCGAUCACAGAAAAGUUAUUCACUUAACCCCUGUAAUGCACUUAAACUUCGAACCUUCAUCUUAGUUGGUCUUGAACAUAAUUAUACAGUCUUCUUCUGUAUUGUGGAUCCUUGUAAGGUCAUGUAGUUCAUAUUUUCUGGUCUAUUUUCUUAACUGAUGUACAUUUAUAUGUGUGCCAUCACUCUGCCAGGGAAAAUGGUUGGAAAUUUGAGCUUCAAUCUCAUGUUGAUUCAUGUGUGCUGUCCCUCUUAUUAAAUAUAAAACAAAUACAGUUGAUUGCUUUAUCAGUUGCUCACCGCAAGUCAUGACUUUUCCGGCAACUUCAGAGACUGUCGUACAACAGAUCAAUAUUUGUUUUACUACAGGCUUUAUUUACUGAGUAAACUCACUAUUGAGAAGUUUGAUGUUAUUAGUGUCUUUUGGUUUGUCUUUUUCAACAGACUGUGGAGCAUUAUUUAUAAUCUUUUAUGGACCUCUCUCUCUCACUCUGUGCAUGUGUGUGUGCUUUGCAUACACACAGGUUUGUGUUACAUAUUAACCUGUAAGUCCGAGCCAGACCGCCGGUGUAGCCAUAGUGACGGGAUGAGAGAAAUCUUUCUCCCCCUUCAUCUUCCGCUUCUUUAUUGAAGUUAAGGGCUUUAUUAGUUUGUCAGGAAACCAAUUUUAUUGUACAGAAGCACACAACUAUAAUCAGCCUCAAGCUCCACCGCCUCUGCCACCUGCCUUAUUAACAUAAAAGAGGUCAAACCCUCUAAUACACAUCUCAUACACCUUGUCUUUUGUGAAUUCAUUUUAUGGCACCUCUGUUGGGUUCAGUUUACCUUCACUUACUGAAGACUUAAAUUAUGAAUCAAACAAUGGGGAUACAUGAUCAGAAAGAAGUUCAAAGUAGAUGUUUCUGGUCCCUAGAAAAUGAGCUAUAUGGUACAGAGCACUGAAUUUAGCAACAAUGCCAAAUGAAAUGGUAUAAUUGGGUGAAAUUCAAUACCAUGCGUUACAAUUUGACAGAUUAUAUGAUCAGAUAUGAUAUGAUCAUCAUGAUUCGAUAGAAUAUGAUACGUCACUGUACAAUAGGUUACAUCUGAAGUAUGCACACAACCCACUGAGCAAUAGACGGCUAUUAGAAAUCUAGUUUUUUUUUUUUAGAGCUAAUUUUAACCAUAAUAAUAAUGAUAAUAAUCGUUAAGCAAUAUACAGUGUAGUUUAGAUAUAGCCCAGAUUUAGACUUGGACUAAACUUGGUCUAAAAAACUUUCAUUUUUAGACCUGUGGUAGCCUGAUUUUAGACCAGUCAUCUAGGCUACAUUUAGAUGUCUAUUAGACCUCUUUUAGUCCAAAAAAUGCUCAGUGAGAAGCAGCAUGUAAUCCAGCCAUCGCUUCACCACGUUGACCUGACAGAGGAUCGAAACUGCAUUUCUGUAACUGCUUUUAGAAGUUUUCACAACAUUUAUUUGUUCACUUUAGUCGCACUGAAAUAGAGACGACAAAUCAGGAGGUUCCUUUUAGCCCACAAAUUUAUAAAACAGUUGUAUAUGAUCGAAUCCCACAAAAUUAGAUAUGAAUGGCUGUUUAAAGCCAUCAAUUGAUUUCUCCUGUUCCCUGACCUCAGAUUGAGCCUGCGUCAAAUUACAGUCUGUUUUCGUCAACAAUAUUCAGCAGCUCAGCCCUCAGUGCGAAACUCAACACUCCUCCUUGACAACACUGGGAUUGUUUACCAUGGUAACGUUCUACCAGCACCAUAGCAACCUGCAGCUGGAAAGCUGGGAGAUGAUCUGAUAGAUACCUGAUCUGUCUAAAUUUACCUGUACCUGUCUGCCCAGGAAAAUAUCAGCAAACUGAAAUACAUGAGGCUUUAUGUAACCGAGCGUGUGCAUGUCUGAAACAGAGUCCAUCAAUCAUUCAGGAAGAGAGGAGCUUUAAGUCCGUGCUGAAUAAGUGAAAAGAGCUGAAUAUCUUUUGCAAUACUAAUGUUAUUGUUUCAUUUACACUUAGGGUAUUUUUUAACUGAUGUAACUGGUUUAAAGGUUCAUUGUAAUUCUACUCGUUAGAUAAGAAAGUAAUGAGAGAAACUCCGUCAGUAUCAGAGUGAGACUGUUGUGUUUUUGACAAAGAGGUGGUGAACAAAACUGUGCUGCUGAUUGUUUUCCCACAGUAGUCCUGAAAUAACUGAUACUCUUCAUAGAUUGUUUACAGUGAGGACAGGUGCUCUGUGGUCUCCUCUUCCAUCUCUGUUCCUCUGCUUUACAUUUAUUCAUGCCAUUAGCCCAAUGAGGACCAAGCUCAGCUAACACAGACAAGACAGACACACGUGACUUUCCUCUUCUGUUCUUGGUAGGUAAAUUCACAAUUCAGUCAUGAUAACUGUUGCUAUUUGUGUGUGACCUUUGCUGUUGCUGUUGAAGGAUUAUAAACAGGGAUAUGCAAAAGUGACUUUGAGCUCCUGGAGAUGAAGCAACUGCAGAAAAAAAUAGAACAAUAUGUUGAAUAUGUUAGACCCCAUGCUCUGAUUCUAUAAAUUAUGUUAAACUUUUAAAAUAUAGAUUUGGUUUAGAGACAAUCUUUUUUGACCUUUACUCAACCCAGUCAGUAUGUAAGGCUUCAAAUAUUAUUGAAGCAUGUAUACAGUACAUCAGUGCCUUGAAAAAGUAUUCAUACCCUUUGAACUUUUUCACAUUUUGUCACUCUACAACCACAAGUAUUUUAUUGAGAUUUUUUGUCAUCCAAUCUGGCUGAGCUUGAGCUGUUUUGCAAAGAAGAAUGGGCAAAAAUUUUAGUCUCUAGAUGUGCAAAACUUGUAGAGACAUACCCCCAAAGGAUUGCAGCUGUAAUUGCAAAGUAUUGCUUUAUAAAGUAUUGACACAGUGGGGCUUAAUACAAAUGCACACCACACUUUUCAGAUUUUUAUUUGUUUAAAAUUUUGAAAACCAUGUGUCAUUUUCGUUCCACUUCACAAUUAUGUGCUACUUUUUGUUGGUCUAUGACAAAGAACUCAGUAAAGUACUUUUCAGUUUGUGGUUGUAGAGUGACAAAAUGUGAAAAAGUUCAAGGGCUAUGAAUACUUUUUCAAGGUACAGUAUGUCAUCCAUGUUGUUUACAAUCUAUUCACUUGAUUUGCAAAAUUUUCUAAUUUUAACCAAUUUAUUUUGACUCCUAUGACAUUACUAGCUUCUCUGUAAUAUAAAGAGUAGUCCCAGCAUCUUACUGGCUUUGGCACUUUGGUCCUGUGUUUCUUUCCCAAUCCUGGAGUAUCAUCACGGUUCCUCAAACACGAAGUCAGUGUAUUUGGUGUUCAAAACCAGGACAGUCUGUUUUAGAGUUUUUUCCAGAGUUGUUUAGGUGAUCAUAGGUAGGUUCAUCCAAAACAAUUCUGCAGCUCAAAUGAAUCUUUCAGGUAAUAAGGAGGUCCUAAAAGGUGAAGAAGAUGGGUGAGGUUUUUGGAGUGUCUCCUUAGGAACCUUUAGACCCAGUUCAGAGAUUUGGGGUUGAAGAGGCAGGAGGUGGUUCCCUGAGUGUGUCUGUGUGUGGGGUCAUUAACAGGGCGAGGUCACGGCCUUUUGGGAGCAGAUUAUAGUAAUGAGCUGGAUAAUGGAGCUGGUGUGUGUGUGUAUAUUGAUCUGUGCUGGUCUAUGGGGAUUUAUAAUGCGGUCUCUAAAUCUGCCUAAUGAUGGGCUAUACAGGGGGUCAAAGUGUGUGUGUUACUUAGUGUGUGUUUCUGUACUUUGGAGUCGAUACUUUGUGCUCAAACUGUGCCAGUGUUGGUAACGUAAAACCAUAUUGUAAGUGUUUGGUACUUGACAAAAGAAAUAGGACAGGAUUCAGGUGUUAAUUUAAAUAAAGACGAGCUGAUUUUAUCCAGUCAGACAAGUUAGAAAGAGUUAGAGGUCACCAAAGCCAUUUAGAGUCAUCCCCCUGCAAUUAAUAGAAAAUAUUAAAGAAGUGAUAUGCAACUUAUACACAAAAUGGUGGAUUCACUGGUUAAAAGUGUCGACUGAAAUUAUUCUGUCCAUGUUUUCUGUGCAGGCUUCAGUCGUCCCAGGUAUGUGAAGGUGUUCAUCAACCCCAGCAGCCACAAGAAAGAGUCCGUUCACAUCUACAGAGAACAUGUGGCUCCUCUUUUCAAGAUGGCCGACGUCUGCACUGACAUCACCGGUUAGUCUAUGAUCAUGUUUACGAAAAGAAUAAACAAUUAACACGACACAACUUGGCCAGAACCCCCCUGUAGAUUGUCAUUGUCUUACAUGUAUUAUAUUAAAGUUACUUGUGAGGGUAAGAGACGAUGUAUGAAAGAUGUGUGAAUGUGUGUGUGUGUAGAGGGGGUCCAAAGGUCAGUGUUAAUGGCAGUCUCUGGUUGCUAGGUAACCUGAUACAGGGGGUGGAGCUAAGCCCAUCUGUUGUGAUAGGCAGACAACCUGCUCCUCUCCUCUCUUCUUCUCUCCUCUUAACCUUGACUCCUCCCUCUCAUCAUUACUUUUUCACUCACUUUUUUCUUUUCUUCUUUCAUUUGAACUCGGACUUGCUCUGGUUUAUUCGAUGUGUUUCUCUUUUUUCUUUCUCCCAUCUUGUCUCCUCUCUUUUGAUCUCCUGUCUUGUUUUAGUGCAUCUUUCCCGCCCACAGUAGCGCUCAGAGGCAGACUGUUUUUAGGUUGUCUGCAUAUUCAUCCAGCUGUAUCUGUCUGUCCUCCCAGUCCGAUGACCAUACCAUCAUCAUGUUACACCAGGGUGAAAUGUCUACAUGUGACAGAAACUUAAAUCAGAGUGAUGAUAAUUUAUUAUACAAAGUUUAAAUGUCACUUCAGCAGUAUAAUAAUUAUUGGAAAAUCGAAAUUUUGGUCAUUAUUCUCUUCCCAUUCUUGUGAGCACCAUAAGUUUACCAAAAAGGAAAAUCUUCAAAUUUGGCAACUGCCUGUGUCUCUUUCAUAUUUCUUUCUUGUCUGUUAUUUACUGCAGUUGCAUAAAUAUUGUAGUGGUAUGUCAACUUACUCUCUGCGAAUCACCUGUUAACAAGGCCCAGACCAAUCAUCUUGUCUCCCUUUCUUAUCCUCAUUUUUUUCUGUUUAUUGCCAAAUGUCUCAUAUCUUCAGUCGUUUCCUUUCUCUUUCCCUCUCUUUGUCUUUAAUUUUUUUGCUUUUCCCAUCAUCUUUCCUUUCUUCUCUUGUUUUCCCUUUUUUUUCUUCUCACAUUUUGUCUCCCAUCCUUCUUUUCCCUCCUCCCUACUCCCGGUUUUCUCUCCUCUCCAUCUCUUACCCUCCUCAUAAUUUCUCCUCCUCUCAGCAGAUGGUGUGAUAUCCGUUGUCCCACUUUUUUUUGGCAGCUAUCGAACACACACUCGUGUACAUGUGACCACACACAAGCAUGAACACUCUAUCUCUGUCCAUCUCAAUGUCUCUCCAUCUGUUUCUCUCUCUUUCCUCCCGUCUCUCUCUCCCCCUCUUGUCACUCCCUCUGUUCUCUCUCUCUUUCUUUCUCUCUCUAGUGACGGAGAAGAAGGGUCAUGCUCUCUCAGUGAUGAAGGAAUGCAAGCUGGAUGAAUAUGAUGGGUCAGUUAUUUGUCAUCUAAUAUUGAUUAUCUGGCUUCAAAUUCAUCCCUCUACUCUGAGAAAUUCCUGAUUUCUUAAUAUAGAAUAUGUUUUCUGCAGAAAUUAAGAUAUUUUGUGAUAUUUUCAUGUUAAUCUUAAAUGUGUCACAGACUGCUGUGAUUUUAAGCAGUCUUGAAUAGGAAACUGUGUCCACAACAGCAGAAACACACUCUGUGUUGUGUUUUCUUGUCAUUGCAUUAGCGUACAAUGUAAUUGCAAUUAACCCGUUCAGGGGUGCUGAAACAUUCACACUGAAACUUGCUAUCAGACUGGAUGUGGGUCACAUUAGAAAAUUAAAAUGCGUGUCAAAUAAAUAUAACAGUAAAAGUACCAAACACCACCGUAAAAGUCCUUGAACUUAACUACUGGUCCAGUUUGAAUCACCAGAACCAUGUGUCAGAAUCUUGGGAUCAUUUUAUUCUUAAAUUGAGAGAAGAUAAAGAUGUACUAAUAAUAAUAAUGACGCAUCUGAUUUUAUAGCACUUUUUGUCAGUGACCUCAAAGUGCUUUACAUCAGAUACAUCAUUCAUUCACACAGUCACACCCUGGUGGUGGUGAACUACCUUAGUAGUCAGAAUGACAAAAAUGUGACUGCCAGUUUGCACCUACGGCCUCUCCGACCACCACCACACAACACUCACAUUCAUACACCAGUGGAGGACACACACUGGAAGCAAGGUGGGUUAAGUGUCUUGCCCAAGGACAGAACAGACAGACUAGGAAUAGGGGGGAAUGGAACCACCAACCUUCCAGUUUAAUCUCCUAAACUACUGCUGUUUGUGUGUCAUCAAUAUUCUUAUUCACUCCAGGGUUACAUUUUAAAUAGAUGUUUAACUACAUAUGCAUUAUUAAUGUGCUCAUGGAUCACCUGCUCACGAGGCGGAAUGAUCUGGCAAUUUUAGAAAACAUGGUAGCAACAUGUAUCAUAUCCCACAUGGACAUCACAACUCCCUCCCUGAUGUUUUUAUGCAGCAGAACUUGUAUCACAUAUCUGGCUGUAGAGUGGUACAAAUUAAACUCCAUUUGAGUGUGAAAGUUACAAAUCUAAAGGCAUAACCUACAGUUAUUCAAACAAAGUACAAAGUGUGUAUUUGGUACAUUUUUAAUGUGACAUGUCAAGGGUUAAAGAGGAAAGGAAAUUUAGACGUUCUAACCCUUAUGUUAAGAAAAUUUUAGUCUGUAUUAAAUAACGUUUGUGUUGAUAGAAUCUAAUUUCUGUGUUAGGACUAUUUUAGGGGAUAAAAGACUAAAGCAACCAUUAGUGCUUUUAAUUUUAAAAGAUAAUAAAAGUCUGGUGUGUUAAGGCUGGUUAAUGUCACACACUGAAGUUUCAGAGUUUACAGUAGGAUAGUUACAGUAACUCGUGAGUAAACGUGUCAUGAUGAAAUGUUACGACGUCCCUCUGUAACAGGCUGAACUGAACAAGAUAAUUAAAUAGCAGUUUACUGUCAGAGGCUGACACAAAAACACACUGACCCAGACUGAUUACGCACAGGGACACACACACAUACAUGUAGGUACACGAAAAUAUACAGAGAGAGGUGAUGUCAAACACCUUCUGCUUAUAGACUACAGCUAUCCUCACCAACAAGAGUCAAAAUACACAGUGAUGCUCAAAGAUACUUAAGCAUAAGAAAAACUACACAUGCAAAAAGACGGGUCAAACUCACAUCAAUAUUUCUCAUUGUCUGCGUGUGUGUGUGUGAGUGUGUGAGUGUGUGUGCGUAAGCUGCUUUUGUGCUCAGCCCUCAUAAAGCUUAAUGUGCUUAGAGAAGAUUAGCCCAGCGUUGCUAAGCUAGCUGCUGAAUAUGUGUGUGUGUGUGUGUGUGUGUGUGUGUGUGUGUGUGUGUGUGUGUGUGUGCGCAUGUGUGCGUGUGUACGAGCAGUUCUGGUGUGGAUUUGGUCGAAACCUACAUUUGCCAAUUAGGCUGGCUGUCACCGUGGUGAUGGGAGCUUCAGGUAAUCCCAGACCCAGGAGGAGGGGGAAGAAGGCGGAGUCUAUUUACUUCACAUUUUAUGGAAACCUUAAAACUCUUAAGAUGGGACUCCUUUUUUUUAUUUUAUUUAAAGUCUUCUCAAGACACGGAAACAUUUCAAACUGUUGGACAAUCAUUAAAUUACAUCUGUUAUUGCAUUAAAACUCUCAACACAGUAAAUUAAAAUGAUGCAAACAAAAAGCAACUCUUAUCAACACAAUAUUUAGUUCUAUUUUUACUAAUAUCAGUGAGAUCAGACUUUAUUUUUUAAGGCAUUUUUCAUACAACAAUAAUGUGCCACAAAGCCACAAGGUAAUUACUUAUUAUUUUUACCAUUUAUCACUGAUUGUACUUUGAUCAAAUUAGAUUAAAACAGAGUAAGAUUACAUAGUAAGUAAAUGAGAAGAGUUUUAUUGGAAAAGUAGCAUAAUUAAGUUUAGGUAAAAGCCAGACCGAAAAGUUAUAGAUAGAAAAUAUAGACACUGAUUCAAAAGUAACCUAAAAGAAGAUUUUACUUUCAAAUCUAAAACAAAGAAAACCAGCCCAGCAAUGUUUAGGCUGGCCGCUACCUAAACUUUUUACUUAUUUGAGUGUAUCUAUAAUCAAAAACAGUACUGCCGGGAGUUUAACAGAGGAAAAGAUCUCUCAGGAGGCAACAUUGAAUGAGCAUUUUCUAAAACUCAAACCAAGAUUGCAGGACUACAGUUAGAUGAAAGGAGAGAAAGGGAGAGAAACCUUUUCUUUGUUUGCAGAAGCAGAAUUCCAUCUUUGACUUGAAUGUGUAAAAUAUGCCCCAUUCAAAACGCAAAAUUACACAUUUGAAUUAAACAUUACAUGCGACACCAGUGAACACUCAAAACAGGACAUAUACAGAAUGAUAACAAAGAGUAAGGGGAGUUACAAUUGUUACUAAAGAUGUACUCAGACAAUCCAGUGUCUGUUUGUUUUUAGGACAGUUUUCUGUACUUUGAGGUUGAGUCCCAAAAUGUUUUUAGGUUCGAUUCACAGGAACUCCUCAAAUAUGAUCCAGUGGAGGAUCCACGCCCUCUGCUGGAUGAUUUUGUAUUUUGGCAUGUCCAGCAGUAAACAGUAGAAAGCACUGUUCACUGCAACCUGUUUUCCUCAAUGUUAAGUUUAUUAAAAGGAGAGUUUUAUUGUAUUUGAUUUUAUUUAUUUUUCAUUUUUUAAAUUAAAGAAACAAAUAAGUUUAAACUGUAUCUACCUGUCUAAGCACUCUUACACUUUUGUCUUCUUCAACUGUCUAUUAUCAGUGUGGUGUGUGUUGGUGGAGACGGUUCAGUAGCAGAGCUGUGUCACGCUAUGGUCCUCAGAGCUCAGCUGGAUGCUGGUUCUCCUGAAGAACCAGUGAAGCAAGCGCUGCCUCUUGGAAUCAUUCCUGCUGGUGAGGAAGAGUUCACACUGAAACAUAACCUCUGGACCAAAAAUUAACAACUGUCCUUAACAAACUCUAAGACUGGAUAUCUUUUAUGUAUGUCUGAUUGUACAGGCUCAACAGAUGUGGUUUCCUGCUCUGUCCAUGGAGUCAGAGAUGCAGUCACUGCAGCCUUGCACAUCAUCCUGGGUAGGUGUGUUCUUUUCUAAAACUUUAGGAACAACAUCCUAGAUGUGUAGUUUCACAGUCAAACUGUGGUGAGAUUUAGUCAGUUCAAGUUUAAUCAACUUAAUUUCCCCCAAAGGCAAAGAAACAUAAAACACUAUGCAACUGUUGCCUCAAAGCUGUCGACAAUAAAUUCAAAUCGAGCAGCAUAAAGAUCAAUAGAAAUGCAAAUGGUCUAAAUCUGUUCUAUCCAGAGUUGGUCCUUCAUGUCUAAAACCGAUAUAUAUAUAUAUUUCUAAGUGGCUUUUACCUCAUCUACAUCCAUAAACCCAUGGUACUGUGUGGUUCUUACCUAUGCUGUGUCACCAACUGUGACCCGAGGCAUGUGGACAUCAACAUGCGACAAGGUCUUGAGGCUGGUAGUGUUUGCUCUGCUCGUGUUAGUCCCAGCCUGCACCCAAAAUUUCAUAGUUCACCUUCAGACUGUGCUGUUUAAAUGAUUAGUGCUCAAAUUAGUCUGUUUUCAGAGUGUUUGUCUUACCUCUAGACUAUUGGUUAGGUCAGAAUUUAAUUUUUGUGCAUACAAAAAGCAAAUUAGUUACUGCAGAACCUUUCUAGUUUUGGCAUGUAUUUACAAAAUACCACAAACAAAUCAUUGUGUGUAAGAAGAUGACAAAACAGAGAGAUCCAAGGUGAGAGCUGAUAUCUGCUGACAAAAUCAGUGCUUACAAAUCACUGAAAACACCAGAAUUUUAUCAAAUAAACUGCACAACUAGUUUUAUUAUAAUUCCUGUGAAACUAUUUCUAUGAAAAGUUCUCUAAAAAGCCUGAAACUCUUUUUGCACUGGAAUGUAGAUAUGAAAUAUUUGUGCUCUAAAGUUGGACAUUUAAACAUAACAAUCUAUGGAUAUUAGCUUGUUUUGGAGCCAGCCUCUAGUGGUCAUUUGAUGAACUGCUCUUGUUUCUCUUUUGCACUGGCGCAGUUUUUUUGAGUAGAGGAAGCCUCUUAAUAAGUAUUUUCCAUUUUGGUGGAUAAAGCAACUGACAGGAGCUUGUAUUUUUGAAAAUCUUGUAUGUGAUUGGCUGAACUUCACUCUAACUAUUUGGGUGAAAUCAAAGCUUCAGUCUGACUGGAGCAGACGGUGUGAGUGGACUCCUCGGGGAGGAGCAGACAGAUGUCUAACAGCAGGAUCAGUUUCACUCCAAAUCACAGGUUUUCUCUGAGCAGUGUAACCCCGCCUCUUUUACUUCUUCUUGCCUGCUCUCAGGUAAGCCUGUCAGCCAAUCAGCUUUAUGCAUGAGACUGAGGUGUGUAAAUGACAGGCUGUGGUGAGACAGUGAUUCAUUAACAUUAAUUAGUGCUGGAAGCUGUAUGUGUGUGUGUGUGUGUGUGUGUGUGUGUGUGUGUGUGUGUGUGUGUGUGUGUGUGUGUGUGUGGUGUGUGUGUGUGUGUGUGUGUGAUGUGACAGAUGGAAGUGGUAUGGAUGAGACUAAUUCCUGGACAAUAGAAAACAGUUAGAGUUCCCAGGUGGGGAGUUGUUCCCACAGACAUCACAUGACCUCAGGUGAGUCCUUGGAUGAUAUACUUCUGGAUUUAGUGAAAGUGGUGACUCAAAUAUUGCCUAUAUUGAAACAUUUUGUCUGUAGCAUCACCACCACGGUUAAGGUCAUUUACAUUUUCAGUUGACCUUGUUAGAGCUGUUUUAAAAAUAAUUGUUGAAUGUUUGAGGAAUCACAGAUCUGCUGUUGAUAACUGGGUCUUUUUGUCGCAGCCUCUGGUGUUAUUUAGUGAGGCCAGGGAGGUCCAAUUACAACCCAUAUUAAGAAACUCUUUUCACAGCAGACACAAACAGGUUUAGAGUCUGUACAGUACAAAAAAAGAGUAUUGGUCUCUAUGGCUCUUAUAUUUUUAUAUAAUAGCUGUUUGGAGGUGUUGAUUCUUUAUACAACCUGUCCUAAUCUGUUUUGAUAAUAUAAUGCAAAGAGUUAUAAAUGCAAAUUAGACAUUAUUAGGGGCACUGCUAAUUUGACUGACAGGUGGGUGAUUAUCCUCAUGAUUAUCCUAUGCAGGUUUUUAGAUCAGCCCAAUUCAGUUCGAAUCAGCAUCAGCAUUGUCCACUUAAGGCUGGCUGCAGAAACAUUGGAAAUCACAAACACACCAAUAAGAAAAAGCCAAUUUUUACACCGGAAAUAAACAUUUUUACAGCCCGGUUCAAAGAACAGUUUUGUCUUUAUUCACACACUGUACAAAGGGGCAACUCUUUUCAGAAGAUAUUUAUUGUGAAGAUAUCAAGGUUACAAGUUUCUGCACAGUUGAAGGCAGAGGCGAUUUGACUUAGAAGCGGGCACACUGUAGCUGUUAGCAAAGAGGCUAAAGGUCCCCCUCAGUUUCACCUUCCUGCUGCUGGUUAGGUCGACCGAGAGUUAGGUUGAAUCGCCACCAAUAGGCUUCAAAAUUCAGACACAGUUUGAUACAGAGUAUAGGUCCACAAGCAAAGGUUAGAUAUGACCCAGUAUCAGUUCAUCAGUUCAUCUAAAAAAAGGCAACAGACAAAAUAAAAAUAAAUAUAAAGUGACCAAAAUGUUACGGCUUUAAGAAGUGCCCCGAGUUUGAUCCCACUGACACACUGACUGUGAGACUGACCGUCUCAGGAUUAAAGCUGCAGCACACACACACACACACACACACACACACACACACACACACACACACACACACACAUUGACAGCAUGCCAUAUGGUGAGGAAAUCAGAUUCUAUCCAGAGGGAGAGAGAGACAGACCAGCAGUCAGUCAGACAGACAGGUACUGAGGCUGCAGUUCAGUAGGUUACAGCAGGUAUGUGGCCAGAUGGUGUAUUUGUGUGUAUGUGUGAGUCUGUGUGUGGAUGCUUUUAAACUAACUAAGCAGGUUGAUUUUAUGUCUUAUGUGCCUCAUUUAAAGGCCAUUGACCAAAUAAUCAACAAAUGCAACUGAAACCCUCAGCCCUCUAUUAUUAACUGUGACAUUCUCAUGAUUUCAUUGACCAGAAAAAAAAAGUUUGCUACCAAAAAGCAUUGAAGAGUCCAAUUGUUGUCUGGCAGAUCCACAGACAAAAUAAGCCCCGCCCCCCACAAACGACAUCCAUGAACAUCACAGAAUGAUUGUGUGGAGUUGGGUGAAGUAAAGCAGCAACAGAGUCCAACUCCCAUCUAAAAAGCACUAAAAAGCAGCCUCGGCAGGCCCUCACUUUCCAGCUCUUACCUUGAAUAUCAUCUAGUCAAUCUGUAUCUUCCACUGAAUCUCAUAUUUUGUCGGCUUAAACUCCCACAAAGAAAAGCAGAUUUUAAUAAAACAUAAUUUUUAAAGGACAAUCGCACACAAAAAAUUAUAAUUAUCAUUUUGCUUUUGAAAUCAUUAAAAGUAGCAAACAUUUGAACACAGAUUUUGUCCUGAAUCUGCUGUUAUGUCCUCUGGACUCUGCUGCUUUAGAAAGGGUCAGGCUGGAUUGAUGUACAGCUGGAGACUUAUCACACUGGAGCAACAUCAACCAGAGACUCCUCACUCUGCUGUGAUGUGAUUCCCUUGAAUUUUUAGAUAUUUACACUCAUCAACAUGUCUGACCUCUUUCUGUCCUUCAUAUUUGGAGUGCUGAAUCUCAUUAAUAUUAGAGGAAACUCUCCACUACAAGACCACUUCUCACCAAGAAAGGGUUUAUGAAAAAUAUUCAAAUAUUUUUAAUAUAUAAUAAAUACUCUCCCUCUGUGUCUUCAGGUCACACACAGCAGGUGGACAUGUGCAGCUUCUGGUCUCUUGGUCAGUUGGUGCGAUUCGGUUUCUCUGCCAUGUUUGGUUUUGGUGGGCGAAGCCUAGCUCGGGCAGAGAAGAAGAGAUGGAUGCCAUCAGGGAGGCGGCGAGAAUAUGCUCUGGUCAAGACCCUGGCGAGGCUCAGGUGACCCAAACAGAAACACACAAUCUGGACUUACACCUACAUAACCAAUCUUGAUUUUCUUUACUCAUGAUACUAAUAAAAAAAUCAUACAAACACCAGGUUCAACACUCGGUCAGUGAAAUAUUUAAGUGCUGGAUAUUUAAGUAUGUAUAUUCAAAAUACAUAAAAUUUGAAUAUAUAUUUUUUUCUAUUUCCCAGGCUUAGUUAGUUAGUUCCCAUAUUUUUUUUGACCAAAAGUACCCAGAUCUUUUAGUUCAAGGCACUUCUUUUAAGGAGCUAAACAGUUCUUAUGGCCUACUGUUGCCUGCAUUUCCACCAAGUUCUGGGUAAAUAUUGCAAAUCAGGCCAAUGACACCCAGGACAGCUAUAUAAAUGAAGUUACUUGCACAGUUCUUCAAUCUAGUUUCUUGUUUCUAGGACUUUUGUUAAAAAAAACAUAUCAUCAUAACAAUUGGUACACUACGUAGAUUGACCAUGCCUCCCAAACAGGACAGAUCAAUCAAACUAAAUUUAGACCCUAGUUUCUGUAGUCAAAAUGCAAAGAGUUCCUUAAAAGCAGUGUUGUUUUCGUUGACAAUGACGUUGACGAAAUAUUUUAGUCAACGUCAUCGUCCCUUUUUUUCCACGAUUAAGACGUGAUGUUGACAAGCUAAACAUAAACAGACUAAAAUGUGACGAGACGAAUGUGCAUUUACAUUGACGAGACGAGUCUAGACGAAAACGUUAGUGGUGGACGACAAACAGAGUUGCAAAAUUCAUGAGCAUUUUGUCAGUCAAACGCUAAACAUAUAUUCUGCAGUGUUGUUUUCGUUGACGAUGAUGUUGACGAAAAUAUAUGUCAAUGAAAACAACACUGCUUAAAAGGUUCCUGGUUCCUGGGGAAAGUUCCUCCAGUGGAAAAGCACUUGAAGAUACUUCUAAUAUUAUAUGCAGUAAACAAGUAACUUUUAUUAUUUUUUAAUACCUUUUUUUACCAUUUGUUUUCACAGACCUGAGGACUGUCAGCUAUCCUUUCUGCCAGCGAAGACGUCAAACAAGAAUUUGUGUGAACAUCGGUGAGAAAAAAAACCCACACUCAUAGUCAGUGGUGUGUUUAGAAAAUCUGGACUGUGAUUGAAAAAACGUUAUUUUAACCAGCUACAGAGGGUGAUAUUUACAAACUAAUGGGGCUGCAGACGGUGAGACCCUCUGCUUUGCAAUAAACAAUGCUAUCUUCAGCUUUGAAAGACUAUUUUAUUGCAUCAACAUCCUCAACAGACCUCAUCCGACUGCACAGUUUGCAAUAUUCAAAACAUUCAUGUAUUUAAAUCGUCAUUUCUCAUCUUUGUUUUUGCUGAUGACUUCAUGCUGAUAUGAUCAGAAACCAGGAGCAGGACCCAGAUUCAGGUGAGACCUGUUCUUAUCAGAAAGAAAAGAUCCCCUUCACUGCGAACUUGCUUGAUUUUCUGUAUUUCUCUCUGUGAUUGGUUGGUACAGAGGGGGAGGAGUCCUGGACAACCAAUCAGGGCCUCUAUCUGAGUAUCAGCAUCAUGUCCAUCCCUUGUCUGAGUCCACACGUACCUCGAGGACUGGCUCCCAACAGCAGGUACCGUACAUGCAUGGAUGAUGAGCAGAUCAUCCCUCUUGAGAAGGUUAAAGGUCAGCUUUGUCGUGACCCUGAAUGCACCACACCACGGGUCAUGUCAACACGCUUCUCUCCCCCUUCACCACUCGUUAUAGGCUGGCUAACGGAAGCGCAUCACUGAUCGCUGUGGGAAACACUUCUAGGUCAGAGUUCAUCAAACACCUGAAGAGGUACAACAGCUCCAGUGGACAGGUGAGGACAGCUGUCAAUCAAAGUCUCAAAACUAAGCAUAAUAAUCCUAAAUGUCCUGUAUGAUCACUUCCAAGUCAAGUCAAUGUUUAUUUAUAAAGCAAACAAAGUGAUGUACAUGGGAUAAAUAAAAGAAGUAAAUAAAUAGAUAGAUAACAAUAAAAAAUAAAAUUAAGAACAGUGGAAUAAAGUACAGACAGUAAAAGAAUAAAAGCAACAGUGCCUCUGAUUCCUGUGUGCUCAUUUAUUAAAAGCAAGGAAGAAAAGGUGGGUCUUUAAAGAGGAUUUAAAAGACUCUAAGGUCUGUGAGGCUCUAAUAUGGCCAGGUAAACUGUUCCACUGUCUAGGGGCAACCGCUGAAAAAGCCCUGUCACCUCUGGACCUGAGUCUGGUUUUCAGGACGCUCAACAGUAACUGGCCAGGGAGUGGUGAUACAGGAGCUCGCACAGGUACGGAGGGGCAAGACCAUUAAAAGAAUUUUAAAAUCAAUGCAGAAGCGGACUGGGAGCCAUUGAAGGGCCACUAAAAUAGGAAUUAUGUUUUGAAUGAGCUGAAGGCGGUUGAUGGAUGACUGGUCCAAGCCUGCAUAUAAGGAGUUGCAGUAGUCUAUACAUGAAAAGUUAUGAAGGCAUGAAUAGUUUUCACUAGAUCAGCCUUUAAGAAGCAAUUUUUAGUCUUCCAGUUUGACAGCAUUUAAUUAAAUUUAACAAUAAUCACCAAGUCAUUUUACUUUAAUCAUGGCUGAAAAAAACAAAAACACAAAACUUAGACGAACAGUUUAAAAGGUGGCCAAUCUUUGGCUGAACACAGACAGAGAGAAGGUCUCAGAGGACUCUUAAACAUCAGAGUUGAAUGAAUCCAGGUACUUUGCUGAACCAGGUGGUUGCGCUCGAUUUAUCUCCAUUAGUCGUUGAUGUGUGUCAAUCUUGGUCCUGCUCCUUCCUCUCAUGGAGCAAAAAAUAAACAAACUAGUUAGUGAGUGGAUUAGCCCGGUUCAGCCUGGCCCGGCCCGGCUUGGCCCUGGCCUCAGAGACUGCACACUAACCCACUUACUAAAUAUACCAUCAGUGUAGCUUUUACCGUCCUGCAGAGGAGACAGGCUGUUUACUUGCUGACCUACAUCGUGCUAGCCUCCAUGGUGACCGAGGGACGGACGGCUCAGUGUCAAAUAUGAUGAGAUCCUGUUGGGUCGGCUGACACGUAACCAUGACAACACAGUGUGGAUAUUGAACCUUACCUAAGUCUGUCUUGUCAGGUGAUGUUUGCAUGGAAAUUGUCCAAAUUACCUUCAUUCUGCUUCCCUAUCACUCAAUAUGUCUCAGAAGUAGAAUUUUUUUAAACAAGUUACUAUUUUUUUUUUUUCAUUUAGAAACUCAGGGUUUUAUAAGUUUGCUCUUGUUAAAACUGCUUGAGCCCUUUAUGUGAAUACAAGUUAUUAGUUACCUUCACUUAUAAAUAAAUUGCCGAUUUAUUCACUUAAUUAGUUCAUUUAAUGUUUGAAAAUUGUAAAAAAAAAAACAUAUCAAAAUAAACCUGAAAGAUGACACAUUUUCAUCUUAUUUUGUUGACCUAACAGCUAUAACAUUCAAAUCACCAAGUGCACUUCUCCAGUAAUGAAAGAGAAAAAACAGAUAUUCUGAACAGGCAAUAAUGAAUUUUUCAGUGUUCAGAGUCUUGAUCAGCAAUGUGUAAAAAAAACUUUCAAGUUUUAUGCACUUUUUGGGGUUAAAUAAUCCAGUUUGUGGUAACCUUUGGAGAACAAAUUGAUUUUUUAAAUGAUUAUAAAGCUUUUAUUUUGAUAUUUUUGUUGACUUGUAUGCGGUUGCUUUAGUUUCUGCAUUAUAAACAGCGUGCUCAUAUUUUGACAUUAGUUUGGGUGGAUUGUGAGUCAGAGAACAAAGGAAAACAAUAAAAAGAGAAAGUUAUAAAUAAAUACGAAUGUAUUAGCACCGCCAAAGAAGCACAAGCUUUUACGUCAAUUUUUGUUUUGAGUCUUUUGGAGGGUAAAAAUAUUUGUUGGUAGAAUCACAGUUUUAAAAGUAAUUUUUAAUUUAAAGUACAAACUAGUUAGAUCCUUUCAAAUAUGAAGAAUUUUAAAUGGAUUUUCACAGCUGAACUACGAUUGAAAAAUCAUCGGAACUGUACAUUUGUCUUAAGAACUUUAAGGUUGAGAAAAGGAGGCUGAAUCUGAGGACGGAAAGCAGACAGACUCUGUUGUCCAUGUGUCCGUCUGUGUGUCUCUUGGUCUCUGCUGCCCCCUGUUAGAGUCUAACGGUGCUGCAGUGAAGAACAGCACAGGACAGUUCUCAGGAACAAACUGAGUCACCUCAGAUUAACGAGCUGUUUAAAGAGGAUCAGAUCCUCUCUGCCCCGUUUAUCAUCUGACAUUUGACCUGCUAGGUCAGGGACACACACGCACACGCACACACACACACACACACACACACACACACACACGCACUCCUCUCUCUCUCCUGAUCAGUUUGUCUAAUUUUAUGUCUGCAGUUCAGCUUCUCCUUCGUGGAGACGCAUGACGUGUCAGCGGCAAGGAUCCGUCCUCAGUCUGUGAUUGGCUGGUCAGAGGAAGAGAGUGAGGAAGAUGGAGAUUCCAAUUCCAGAUCUUCACCCAUCAUCCAAUCAGAGGGAGCGGCCUUCCCCUGGAACAUCGAUGGAGAGCUGGUGGAGAUCGCUCAUGAAGUUCUCAUCAGGUCUGAAACCCUGUGCCUGAUCAGAAAUUUCCCAUAGCUUGAUUGAUUAUUUAUUAAACUAUAAAUCAGUGGAAUAUCAGUCAAUAUAAGGGCAAAACUCGGGUUUGAUAUUUCUAUUCCUUUACCAAAGAGUUCUACAGUUUUAACAGACAGGGUCCAUUCGGGGAGUCCUUUCAUUAAAAGUGUUACAGUAUGAUAAGUACUGGAUUAUAACUCUUGUAGCAUCACAGUGUUACUUUACCGUUAGGUUUCACAAAACCUUGGAUUAUCAAUCCUGUGAUGAACAGUAAGAACAUGAGUAUUGAACAUGAGAGACAAAAUCAGGCCAGACUCUCAAGACUUUACAGGACUUUUCAGAACCACUUUACAGGGAGUUCCCACAGAAACAUUUACCAUUUCUUUAUGCUACCACAACUGACCACAUUCAGGCUGCAAGUUUGGCAACACCCUGCCAGAUCCCAAUCCUAGUUGACAAAUAAUCAUGGUGGUGACUUCUAAAUCACAGUUAUACACACCCUGUGUUUACCCUGCUCAGACAUGGCUCAUUAAUAUAUUGUGGAGACCUGCCUGUCUUAAGGGGCAUCAUUUCUUUCCCUCCAAACAAAAUUGUUCAUUAGAUUGUUUGUGUUGUGAAGUCAGGGUCAGUUUUGGGUUUCUGGGUGGAAAAUCUACAGUUUGGGAAUAAGUUUGGAUAAGUUUCUUAGUGAAUCCAGUUAGUGUGACGAGCUUAAAACAUGAAUAUAUGUGUCUGUGUAUUUCUCUUUGUCCAGGGUCCAUCCACAGCUCAUCACUCUGUACGGGGAGGAGGUGGACGAGGCUGAAUCAACUGUGUCCUGCAGCUGCAUCUAAGUCUAGAGGACUUCAGUGACUGUGCAACACUGAACAUCGCCCUCUACAGGUCACUGCUGUCGAUGCGAUAAUGUGACAAGUAAACUAGCCAAAUUGAAGGCUGCAAAAACAAAUUAAUACAGUUUUUUUGUUUGACAUGUAAACUUAUCUGUAGCUAAUUUUUCAAUAAUAAAUGCAGCUUUAAUAACAAUAUUACCCAUAAACUAACUUGAACUGCCUGUGUUUUAUAAUUCUAAAAGUUUGAUACUAGAUUUUAUUAAUGAGAAUUAGGACUAAAGUUUUAUAAGACAAGUCAUGUUUACAUUUAAUUUCCUUUUUGUUGCCAUUUUUUUAAUGUACCUUUUAUGAACAUGUUCCACAUCUGCAGCAGAGGACAGACUGAACUCUUUGUUUUCUGAGUCGAGUGUAAAUUUUGGACUAAAAAAAUUGUUAAACUGACUCAAAGAUUUUUCUUCUCUGUUAGCUGAGUCCUCUCUGUGAUCAUGAUUUUUUUAAAUUUCUAUUUGUGUUUUAGACUUUUUGGUACAGUUUGUGGAAAGACUAAAACUUUUACACUUGAACUGUUAAAACCCUAUUUUUAUCAAGGUUUUUUUAAUGCAACAUUUUUUAGGCACAUCUGUAAAAAAAAAAAAGGAAAAAAGAAAACAGUCCAAUUUUUUUAAAUAGAAAAUCCUUCAUUUUAAUAGAAACAUGUGGAUAAAAGCAGUGAGACUCUCCAGUGCAGAACAUCAUCACAUAAGCAAAGAGCAACGACGUAAUUUAUUAAAACACUUUAAAAAAA